AUGGAGGGGAUCAAAGUGAAGGAGGAAGAAACAGUGACAUGUGGUGGUGGUGGUUCAUCACCAUCUUCAUCUUCAAGCUUUUCCCCACUACCUAUGGAAGGGUUGCACGAGGUGGGUCCCUCACCAUUUUUGACAAAGAUCUUUGACAUGGUGGAAGAUCCUUCCACAGACUCUAUUGUGUCAUGGAGCACUACUUGCAAUAGCUUUGUUGUGUGGGAUUCUUACAAGUUUUCGACUAAUAUUCUUCCUCGUUACUUCAAGCACAACAAUUUCUCCAGCUUCAUUCGCCAGCUCAACACCUAUGUAAGUACUAAGGACUUUGAUGUUGUAUUAUUUUGUGUACGAGUUGUAUUAGGUCAUUAUUUUGUUCAUGAUCAAGUUUUCAUUCAUUUUGAUUGGUUUAAUGCUCAUUUUGAUCAGGGGUUUAGGAAAGUUGAUCCUGAUAGAUGGGAAUUUGCAAAUGAAGGAUUUUUGGCAGGACAAAGACACUUACUGAAGACCAUAAAGAGAAGAAGAAAAGUUUCGCAGAGCAUGCAAGGCAGAGGAGGAGAUGAAGCAUGCGUUGAGGUGGGGAAGUUUGAACUAGAAGGUGAGUUGGAGAGGUUGAAAAGAGAUAGGAACAUUUUGAUGACAGAAAUUGUGAGGUUAAGGCAUCAACAGCUGAAUUCAAGAGACCAAUUGAGUGCCUUAGAUGCCAGAUUGCAAGCCACGGAGAAGAAACAGAAGAAGAUGAUGACAUUUCUUGCCAAAGCACUGACUAAUCCAUCUUUCAUGCAACAAUUAGUCCAUAAGACCCCCCAGAGCAUAGAAAUGUUGGAUGUUGAAAUCAAUAGGAAAAGGAGACUAAUUGCUAGCCAAAGUGUGGAGAACUUACAACAAGAUGAUCCUGUAACAUUGAUGGAGCCUGAGAUGGACACUUAUUUCUCACCAGCUUUUGAUAGUGAACUUAGUAAUGAGAUCAAAGAGCACGCAUUAGGUUCAGAUAUAACAGCUGGUGAAUGUGAUAUUAUUGGUGACACAAUAUUGGAGGACUUGCUCGUCAAAGACUUGGUUACGGGGGAUCCAAAGGAUGAAGUCUUCAUUGGUGAUUGUUCACAAAUUGAUGUGGCAGAGGAGGAUUUGGUAGCAAACCCUGGUGAUUGGAGUGACCAAUUUCAGGACCUUGUGGAUCAUAUGGACUAUUAG